CGGAACUACGUCACAACUUCCAUACACCUGCUGGAGAGGAGACGGCCGGACAGAACCAACAGGGAUGUCCCAGCAGCACUAGUAGUUUCCAGCAGCAGCAGCAGAUUGGAGGUGUUUGUGAUGAGGCUGUAGUGUUUGAGCUUAAGGAUGGAGAUCCUGGUGGCCAAGCUGCUCGGCCUGCUGGGAUUGUUCGGUCUCAUGCUGGCGGGUGUACUGGUCCCAGUGCGCCUCCUGCUCGCCGACCACGACAAGGCGCACAGAUACAGGAGAUCUCUGUCUCUGUGUAACUCGUUCGGAGGAGGCGUGUUUCUGGCAACAUGCUUCAAUGCUCUACUGCCAACAGUCAGAGACAAGGUGGCCGACGUGUUCCAGCAGCUGAAGAUCAGCAGCGACUAUCCUCUGGCAGAGACGAUGAUGAUGCUUGGCUUUUUCCUCACCGUGUUCGUGGAGCAGGCCAUUCUCACCUUCAGGAAGGAGAAACCAUCUUUCAUUGACCUGGAGACAUUUAACGCCUGCGGUUCUGAGGCCGGAAGCGACUCAGAGUACGACACUCCCUUCAUCUCCUCUACACGGGGCUCGCCGAGGGACGGUGGUGGUCACCGUUCCCAUGGACACAAUCAUGGACACUUCAGCCCCGCUGAGCUGGCGGGGGCGGGGCCUCUGCGACUGGCCAGCCUGGUCCUGGCUCUGUCGGCUCACUCUGUGUUCGAGGGCCUGGCGCUUGGCCUGCAGGAGGACGGAGCCAAGUUGGGCAGCCUCUUCCUGGGCGUGGCCGUGCACGAGACGUUGGCCGCCGUGGCGCUCGGGGUGAGUGUGGCCAAGGCUUCGCUCGGCAUGAAGGAUGCCGCCAAGCUGGGUGUCACGGUCAGCCUAAUGAUCCCGCUGGGGAUAGUGGUGGGGAUGGGCAUCGCGUCAACUCAGACGCUGGCGGGCAGCGUGGUGUCAGUGGUGCUGCAGGGACUCGCCGCCGGCACCUUUCUGUUCGUCACCUUCUUUGAGAUUCUGUCCCGAGAGCUGGACGACAAUCGGGACCGCCUGUUAAAAGUGCUCUUCCUCAUCCUCGGCUACGCGGUGCUCGCCGCACUCGUCUUAAUCAAGUGGUGACACACAGGAAGUGCUCUGACACACACACAGCAAUACCAAAUGAAAACUGAUAACUCCAUAGAGGCAGCAGAGUCCAGCUGUGAGAGACAGAAACAUCUUGACCAGCUGGAUGAACACAAACCAUUUAUUUUCCUCAGCUGCGUCUGUGAUGUAAACAGUUCCAACAGAAAUUAAUUAAAUGAAACUGAAAGUGUAAUGUACACCCCCCCCAGAAAAAUGUGAUAGCAGCCAAACUUAAGCCAAAACUCUUUGUGUGUACCUCAGAGACCAAAGGAGCAUUUCUUAUAUUUUCUCAAAUACUUUUUAUUCAUUUUAAAAAUAACUAUGAACAUUACUUUAAAAAAACAAAACAUGUUUGCUAUUUUUGACUACAUCUAUUCUGAUUUUCAUUUGGACUUUAACAUGUUUUUGGGGAUUAGUUAAAAAGUUAGUUAGUUAAAAAAUGAGUAGAAACGUUAUUCUUAAUUCUAAAUUGGUCUUUUGAAGUUCUUAAAAUUCAGGCUGAAGCUGCUAAAUGGAGCUAAAUAUACUGCAAUAAUCAUUUAAGAAUGUGAGCCCUUGCUAAAAUGGGAAUCUGUCUGUUGAAGAACCAAGAAGAAAAAACACAUUCUGACUUUAAACAAUGUUUAAGUAAACUUUUGUCACAAAUAUACAUAAAAUAAUAUAUUUUAUUUACAAGAAACUAAUCUCUUCAGGCUUUUUUGCACUUUUUAAUUUCCUCUAAUUCUUUUUUACCAUUAUGUCCCCUCAUAUCAAUAAACUUUUGUGCAGUUUACAAAUACUCUAUUACAAGUUAAAAGUCCUGCAUUCAAAUUUUACCCUUGUAAAAGCACUGAACUUUAAAGUGUAUUUAAAAUAUUAUCGGAUUAUAAUUAUUGAUGCAUUAUUAUAUUCAGCAAUUUAAUGUUGCAGCUGGUAAAGUUGGACCUUAUUUUAAUAACUUAAUAUACUGCCGAGUAGUUCAAUUUAUAAUAAUGCAUCUUCAUUUAUUAGUUGAUAAUAUUUAAUUAUUCAUCUAAAUCUGCAAAAUAACUACAACUGUUGGAUAAAUCUAGUGGAUUUAAAAGUACAAUAUUUCCCUCUGAGAUGUAGUGGAGAAUAAAGUAGCGGAAAAUAUAAAUACUCAAGUAAAGUAUAAUAAGCUGGUAUACAGUACUUGUGUAAAUGUUCGUAGUUACUUUCUGCCACUGAGAAAUUCAAAUACAAAGAAGUUUGAAUGCUUUCAGUCUGUUGUUUUGUUACUCUUUAGUUUUGUGUCUCUAUAUGAAGUUGAACUAAUCACAGCACAGCCUUUCAAAGAUAGGCUCAACAUAUAUCCAUGUACAUGUGAUCCUUAUUUGUAUGACUUUGUCAUCGUUGAUUGUGUUCAUAUUGUGAUCUUGAACAGUUUUGUAUUUAUGAUGGUUUAUGACAUAUCAUCGUUGUCUUGUGUUUCUCAUGUGUUUAGUUUAAAUUAAACGGAUUAUUAUCCUACUUGUUGUUUUAAGAGAAGAGUUUGAUUGUGUAUGAUGUAAACAGCAGCAGACGCAGAACAAUGUCCACCUGAUAAAU